AUGCGCCAUAUCGCUGCCUACCUCCUCCUCCAGAUUGGCGGAAACGCCUCCCCCUCUGCCUCCGACGUGAAGAAAGUCCUCUCCGCUGUCGGUAUCGAGGCGGAUGACGACCGCCUAGAUAAGCUCGUCUCUGAGCUCGAGGGCAAGGACGUCAACCAGUUGAUCGCCGAAGGUUCUGCGAAGCUCUCUUCCGUUCCCUCCGGCGGUGCCGUUGCUGCGUCUGGUGGUGCCGCUGGCGGUGCGCCGGCUGGUGCCGCCGCUGCCCCCGCGGAAGAGGAGAAGAAGGAAGAAGAGAAGGAGGAAUCCGACGACGACAUGGGUUUCGGCCUCUUCGACUGA